AUGACUCCAUUUGAAGCAUUAUACGGCCUUUCCCCUCCUCAGCUAGCUCUGGGACCCUACCUGCAAUCCAGAGUAGCUGCUGUUGGCGAGUACGUCCAAGAAAGGCAGCAAAUAGACAACAUCCUGAAGCAGAAUUUGAAGCAAGCGCAGGAAAGGAUGAAGAGAUAUGCUGAUGAAAAGAGAAGUGAAAGGGAGUUCAAUGAAGGUGAUUGGGUGUACCUACGGUUGCAACCGUAUAGACAAAGCUCAAAAUCCUUGAGGGGAAACACCAAACUCUCAACAAAGUAUUUUGGUUCCUACAAGAUUGAGGAAAGAAUUGGGAAUGUCGCUUACAGACUGAAUCUGCCAGCCGCUUCAAAGGUCCACCCCGUUUUUCAUGUAUCCCUGCUCAAGAAGAAGAUAGGGGAUAAGAUCACACCUACACUACAAUUGCCAGAAACAAAUGAAAAGGGGCACUGGAGGGUGGAGCCAGUAGCAAUACUGGGUAGGAGGCUAGUAAAGAAAUGA